AUGGAAAAAAAGGUGUUGUUGCUUCAUGAUCAGCAAAUGAUUAGAAAUCCAGCAGGGAUGAGUAAAAGCUCAAGAAGCUCCACCAAGUAUCUCGGAGUACGCCGCCGCCCGUGGGGGCGGUUCGCGGCGGAGAUUCGUAACCCGCACACCAAAGAACGGCACUGGCUAGGCACUUUCGACACUGCCGAGGAAGCUGCGGUGGCUUAUGACAUUUCAUCCAUUUCCUUUAGCGGCGUCGAAAAGGCUCGAACCAAUUUCGUAUACCCGUUUUUGGGCUCACCGCCGCCGCCGCCGGCUGUGGAAGAAAGUGGACUGAAGUCAACGGAGGAAGAUGACGAGUCGGUUUUGAUUGCGUCGAUUUUGCAGAGCUUUAGUCAGUCAAAUGGGCUUGAUAAAAUGCUUCUCUGAAUUAAUUAUAUAAUUGAGAGUUGAACCC